AUGGCUGCAGCAGGGUGCCGAGGAGUUUCCAGAGUUUUGGAAAAAUUAGAAAAUUCGAUAAAAAAUGGAGAUUAUUACGAGGCUCAUCAAAUGUACAGAACUUUAAAUUUUAGGUAUUUAGGACAGAAAAAGUACAACGAUUUGAAAGAGUUGCUUUACCAGGGCUCCGUAUUAUUUUUGGACGUUGAUCAGAAAACUUCCGGAGCUGAUUUAGGUCUUCUAUUAAUCGAGGCGCUCGAGAAAUCCGAAGAAAAAGACUGUGAUGCGUGGUCUCCCAAAUUGUCAAAUAUUUUUGCUAAAAUAGGCCCUGAUCAUACUACAGAGCGCGAACAUUUUUUGAUACAGGCUGUGAAAUGGUCAAGUCAAGGUAAUACUUAUGGAAAUCCCACUUUACAUCAGUGUAUAGCUAAAAUCUAUUGGCAAGAACUAAACUACAUCCAAGCUAGACACCACUACAUCCGUUCACAUGAUGGUAAAGGUUGCGCAAAGUUACUAAUAGAGUUUCAAAUGACCAAAGGCUUCAAAAGCGAAGUGGAUCUGUUUAUAGCCCAAGCCGUGUUACAAUUUUUGUGUAUGAGCAAUCGGAUGACGGCCAAUCAAACUUUUACCACUUACACAGAAAAUCAUCCCAAAAUUAAGAAGAAUCGACCGCCAUUUUUGUUGCCUCUGUUGAAUUUUCUUUGGUUUUUGUUGCAGGCUGUAGAAACUAAGAAAUUGCAAACUUUUGCCGUCCUAUGUGAACAAUAUCAAAUGUCAAUAAAAAGGGAUCCGUGUUACAUUCAAUAUUUGGAUAAAAUAGCUCAAAUAUUUUUUGGAGUGAAGCCGCCUGAAAAGAAGAAUUCUGGUGGAUUGUUUGGGAAUCUUUUAGAGAAUUUUUUAGGAGGUUUAGAUGAUGAUAGCGACGAAGAAACACCACAACCAAGCCAAAGUAGGGCAUCAACGUCGAGACAAAUCUUACAAAGUACAGACCUGGACUAA